GCAGUGUUCCACGUGACGGAUCAACUCGGCAACAAAAUCACCGACGAAAGCCUCAUACUUUAUAUUCAGCAGGCACUAUGUGCUAGCAGGGGAGGGAUUUCAAAGGAGGUUAGACUAUGCCCAGGAAGAAAUGUGACACCCGGGCUGAAGGACCUAGCCCUAGAAAUGACCAGCAAGGACCGACCGGGCCUAGUGUCUGAGAUAUCCGCGGUCCUUGUUGAGUUGGGCUGCAACAUCACUACUGCCGUGGCUUGGACCCACGGUACCCGGGCGGCCAGCAUUUUCUACGUGGAAGAUGGGCUGGAAGGUGGGCCCAUAACAGACCCAAUUCGUCUGGCCCAUGUACAGGAGCAGCUAGAAAAUGUAGUUAAAGCCCAUCAUGAGGAGGGGGAGAAAUGGAGUGUAAGGCUGACCACCCCGGCAGGUGGCCACACCCACAAGGAGCGGCGGCUCCACCAGUUGAUGUAUGCCGACGAGGACUAUGAAAGUUGUCGUGGUUGUGACGGUAGUGGCAGCAGUGCACACAAGAAGGGUUGUGAUCGGACCCAUGUGUACAUAGAGAGUUGUAAGGAGAAAGGGUAUUGGAUUGUGAAUGUGAGGAGCAGAGACCGACCCAAACUACUGUUUGACACCGUGUGUGCCCUAACCGACUUGCAAUACGUGGUGUUCCAUGCGGUGGUUGCCUCCAGGGGCACCCUGGCAGAUCAGGAGUAUUUUGUCCGGCAUAAGGAUGGCUACACUUCGAAUAAAGAGAGUGAGAGGCACAAGCUUACCCUGUGCUUGAUUGCUGCAAUAGAGAGAAGGAUCUCACAGGGCUUGAUGUUGGACCUGUGCGCUAAAAAUAGAAUGGGAUUGUUAUCAGACAUGACAAGGGUUUUCCGAGAGAAUGGACUAUCAAUGUCGAGGAUUGAGAUUGGAACACGUG